CGGCUCCGCCCCGCCGCGGCUCCCGGGCCGCGCUGCCCCUUCCGCCGCCGAAGGCGGUGCCGAGCGAGGCCCGCCCGAGCCGCCCCGCAGGCAGAGCCGCCGGAGCAUGGCCGGGGCGCAGAGCUGCCGUCCCCCCGCGCCGGGUAGGUGCCCGAGCCCCGGCCCGCCCCGGGCCCCAGCGCGGCGUGGCUGCAGGCCCGGGCCGAGGGCGGAUAUGGGGAGGGUGAAGCGGGGCCAUAACCGGGCCCGUGAGCGGACCCGCCGAGCCUCUCCAUCAGCUCCUCCUCCGACACGUCCCUGUCGGCCGCGGGCCCCUCACCGCGGUGUGUGGUACCUUCGCGCAGGGAGGUGCCGCGGCAGGGCAUCCCCCGGGUAUCGAUCCUCUUACAGGGAGAAGGAAAUUGUGUUGCUUUGGUGGAUACAAUUCAACCGUGGUCUGAAUUGAGAGGGGAAAAAUAGCAGAGUUCGGAUACGACAUGCACGGAAAUCCAUUUUAAAAUAAUCUGGGUGAAUAAACCAUCAUGUGGGGAAUACUAUGAUCAUUAGUAUUAUCAUUUAAAUAAAUUGAAGUAUAUAUUCAUUAGAUUAGGUUAUGUGCAAAUUUAUCUGUAUAUCAACCAUCUGUACUUGUCAUAAAAUUAAUGUCUCGUAUGCUGCACAGUGCUUCAUGUUCCCUAAAAAAUUGGGUAUUUCAGUGUGGCUUGAUUAGGCAUUCUGUCACAAAGUCUGGAAGUUGGCUUGAUAAAUGCCCAUGUAAUUAAAUGAGGAGAGCUGAACGGCGGCAUCCCCACAGACUGGUUUUAGGUCCAGUGUCAGUGUCAUAACAGUUGAUGUGCUGGGCAGUGCACAGCUGAAUUUUACACAUGGCCAUCAUCCAACAAUUCUGCAGCCAAAACCUCAGAGGUUUCAUUUCAUUCCCAUGAAAUUCUUCUCAGAACAUAACAGACAUUGCAUUUUUUUUAGUCCACGCAGCUCAGUUUCCUAGAUGGAAAGUGCAAGAAGGAAGUAUAUGCUGACUGAAAUCAGCAGAACUAUGAUCAAAAGAAAAUUAUAUUUUAUCUACAAAACUUCAGGAAAUGCCCCAGCAAAAAUAUAAUUCACGCACAAUUAAAUAAUGGGGGCCAUACAGUAAACUCAAAUUUGAGGCUGCUGUGUACAGCUGUAGUGACAAAAGUACAGUAAAAACAUAGGGUGAGAUUCAGACUUGCUCGUGACUGAUACAUAUUCUGGUAGUGCUCUGGAGCUCCAAAUAAGAUUAAUUCCCCAUUUUACUAAGUCUUUUUCAUACAUUACCACCUCAGCAUAGUUUAGCCCAUGCCAAAAUGUUCUUUCAAUUUAAAAAGGGUAUGUUACAACUAUAAUUUAAGUGAUUUGCUGGCAUUCAUCCAAAGACAAAGUGCUGCUAUUUGCAGAAGUAAACAAUGUGAAAAAGUACUUCUCUCUUUGAACAUUUUUCAAUUAACUGUAGUAAUUGUGGAGGUUUCAUGGUUCUAGUGGCAGGAAACCCAUCAAGAAAUAAGGCAAGUGGGGUUUUGUGGUGUCCUUUUUAACUGCAAAACUUGUCUCAUGCCUCAUAUUAUCUGCAUGGUCAAAUGAAAACUUGAAUAUGUGCAGGAUAACUCUUUGAUAACUUAUCCAAGACACUUCAUCUUUUGAUGGGUUUCAAGAUAUUUUGGCUUUCAUGGGUCAACAGGAAAGAAAAAUUUCUGAGAAACAGCAACAAACUAAAGGGGCUGUCGAAAUAGGCUCAAAAAUAUUUAAGUGUAUUUAUUAUUGACUUAAUGAUGAUUUAAAUAAUUAAUUUUAAUUGCUUGAUUUGAAGUCGCUCCAUCUUUUCAUAGCUUCACAACCCAUAUGCGCAUCUUUCAGUCAUGGCCUGACCUUUUCUAUUCCAGCUAUUUAAUUAACACGGUGUAAUAUUCUGUGUGAAUUAUUCUUGUUUGCAGGAUAUGGUAUUGGUUAAAUUUGUUAAUGUAAAGGAGCAGUGUAUUGUUGAUAAACUGUUGGAAACCAAAUUAGCUUUAUCUUGCAGCUAGCUGAUUGCAUUAUUUCACUCAUGGGUAUAAUACUCCUCUAAAUAUGCUAAUUUCACUCUUUUCUCCGUGUGGUGACAUUUUUACUGUUCUCAUUACUGACAUUUGUAAUAUUUGAGGUGGGGAAAUUUUUCUUGCUUUAACCUCAUUAUAAUGUAGCUAAAGAGAUUUGAAUAUUAUCAGAUGAAAUGCACAUAUAUUCAGGCAAGCAGAAAGGUUAUUUUCUCUCCUGGCCCAUAACUUUCAUGUCUAUAGCAGGUCUUGCAUGGACAGAAUGACACCUGGAUCCAAAGCUGUGAUACAGAUGCCCAUGCAGGUACUGAUUGCCUGAGAACAAUAGUGUGUCCAUUGGUAGGUGUCUUCAUUUCCAACCUACAAGCUCCGAGGUGGUUGUGUGACCAUGUUCAUGCCUGUUUGUCCAUGUCUGGCCUAAAACAUUCAGGAAUUCAUCUUAGGAGGAGUUGGUUGCCUGGAGCUCUGAUAGACUGGUGGUGACAGACAAAAAUUACAUGGCUGAGGCUGUUCUUGCCUCCAAAUGCUCUUGGCAUCCCUGAGGCAGGCCUGGAGGAUCUGCUUACAAGUUGGCACCUGCAGUGUACCGAUUUGAGGUUGGCUUAUUAAUAUAAACUGAGGCUUUGGUGGGUUUGUUACAACCUUGAGGCAUCUGGAGAGUCUAGUUCAGCUAAAACGCAUCUAUCAUGUAAUGGUUGUGCUCAGCAGUCCAGGAGAGCAUCCCCCCAUGGGGCAACCCCCAGUUCUUAGCACAUUAGGAAGGGCCGUGUGCUCUUUCCUGUCACCAUGGUUUUGACAGGUUUGCUCUCCGUGACAUUCUUCCGAGAUUCAAUGAAUGCCAGAGUCCCCUUGGUUCUUACACCUCUCUCCCAACAGCUCCUAAUGUCAUGUAUGCAAUCUUGUCCUUUCUCGUGUCAACUUAUACCUUGCAAUGUGACAAGCAGCAAGUCAUUGCAUACCUUGUAAAGGUUAGAAGCAUUUUGGCAAAAAUGGGCAGAACCCGAAAUUAAUUCAAAGAUUGAAAAGUAGUAUUUUGCUGAUUCUGAAAAUUCCUUCCAGGAUCUAAAAAAAAGUUCUCUUUACCAGGGAUUUCCCUCAGUUUCCAGACUCCAGCUGGAAUUGUGACACUGCAGUUUCAGAGCUGCCACAAACAACACUGGUGUAGCAGGGAUCUGUAAUGGCCAGCUCCCGGUGGCUCAGCAGCACGUGCCCUCCUCGUUCCUGCAGAUGGCCUUUCUGCCUGCUCUGGAGCUGCUCCCCUAGGUGUGCCAACCUGCUCCUUGGGAAGCCCCAGAGCCUGCUCCCGGGCCAGGGAAGAGCAUAUGAUGAGGAUGUCAAACCAUUUACUCCUGAGAAAACCAAGGAAAUUGUGAUGUCUCUACAGCAACCUGCAGUCUUCUGUAACAUGGUUGGCAACUGGCCAGCCCUGCACUGGAAUGUGAAAUACCUUUCUGCUGUGUUGGAGGGAAGGACAAUCCAGUUUAGGCUGGGCCUGAAGACAAUGGAUUUAGUUCCCCAGUUUGAAACCAGUUGUAGCUACGUGGAAGCUACACUUGAGGAGUUUUUGGCUUGGAGUUGUGGGCAGCCUUCUUGUCUCUCUGGACCAUUCAGUUGUUACGAUUACUCCAAAUACUGGGCUUAUGCUGACUACAAAUACAUUGCCAGGAUUUUUGAAGACAAGCCAGAACUCUUCCAGGAUGUAAGGUGGUCUGACUUUGGUUUUCCUGGAAGAAGUGGAAAAGAGAGCACACUGUGGAUUGGUUCUGAAGGAGCAAACACCCCCUGCCAUUUGGACUCCUAUGGCUGCAACUUAGUGUUGCAAGUACAAGGAAGGAAGAGAUGGCACCUCUUCCCACCUGGUGACACCAGUUUCCUUUAUCCUACCAGGAUCCCUUAUGAGGAAUCCAGCAUAUUCAGCAAAGUCAACAUUGCCAACCCUGAUCUGAAACGCUUUCCCAAGUUUAGGAACUCAACAGCCCAUGUUGUUACACUCAGUCCAGGACAGGUCCUGCUCGUCCCAAGGCACUGGUGGCACUAUGUGGAAUCCAUUGAUCCUGUCACUGUCAGCAUCAACUCUUGGAUUGAACUGGAUGCAGAUCAUGAAGCCCGUGUGGAAGAGGCAAUAACUCGAAUGCUGGUAUGCGCCAUAAAAUCAGCAGAAAAUCCCAGUGAUGGAGAUCUCUGGCUAAAUCCCACGGAGGUUGAGGCAACAUCCCAUGAAAUCAAUCUUCAGUACCUGAAUAAAGCAGUGUCUGCAUACCUCAAGUGUCAGGAGACAAGUGUGUCAGGACAAGCAUGUUCCAGCAGCACUGGUGCAAAGCAGAGGACAAACGCCUCAUGCAAGAGGAAGAGAAGGGAAGUUGGCUGUGAACCAGAGAGUUGCACAUUAGUAACCCAGGAAUGUGACUUUCCAACACCCAAAGCAGAAGAGCUGCAGACAAUACCUUUUGGGCCUCAUCUUAUUCAGGUUUUACCACAGUCUCACAAAACCAGCGUGGUGGGUGCAGUUGCAGUUGAAAGUGACGGUGGAGAUCUUCUCCAUGAAAAUGAAGGAGAACAUUUUGGAAAAUUACAGUGCAAGAGGAAGAGAUUGCUAAUGAGUAAUGACUGUGAGACAGCUGCAGAUCAAAUGGAUUCAGACGGCAGUCCAUGCACCUCACAAACAGCCCUUUCUACCAAUGACUUGUUAGACUGUCUGGUUAAUCCUCGUGUCAUCAGUUUAGUGGCUCAGCUGCUGUUGGAGAGAAUGAGAGUGUGAUGCUGGAGUGCUUUAUCACUGCUGAAACAGAAAUCAAACAGCAGCCUUGUUCUGCGUGUUUAAGAUCUAUAAUAAUUGAAUGUUCCAUUUCAAGUAAUUUUUAGGUACAGAUAGACACAGUUAAUGGUUAAGCGCAGGUUGAAGUUGAGCUGAAAGAAGAAUAGCUGGUUAGUGAUGGCUGGGAAGAGAAAGGUGUGUUUAGUCAGGGAGCUGCUCAAUGUUAUGAACAAGAGAGAGCACACACAGUCACACUCCCACCGUGCUGUGCAGGUGGGAUCUUCACAGUGUUCUACAGCUCUGAGCUGGAAAACACGUAUGGCUUUAUGAUGGAUAACAGGGGGAGUGCUGAGACACGGUCACAGCAAAGGGGGACCAAGGGUGGGAGCAGAUAGAUUGACUGACUGUAGACUGCAGUCCUUGAAGUAAAGUGGUCAAUGAGCAAUCAGUUGAAUACAUUAGAAAGAAUCAAUUCAGGUAAUCCUAAACCUCAGCCUAGAGAGAAUGCACUCACUAAUGCAUCUACUUCCUCCCUUCCACUAAAUAACUUCAGUUUUGUCACAAAGCUCUAGGUUGGAGUGAGACAAAAGCCCUUAGCGAGAAAGUAGCCUUUAGCUAGUUCAGAAACCCUUGAAGCUGGGAGAGUAAGGGCAUUGGGAAGUUGCUGCUAUUACUUACUUAAAGCCAGAUGUACACAGUCCCCUAUCUCUAAGAAACAAAGCAAAACAACUGUGACUUUUUACCUCUGUCCUUCUCUUUACCAUAACAAUCAAAAUGUAUUAUUUUUUUUUCUUUUGGUUGUAAAUGGUUGCUGUACAAGAUCAUCCUUUUUUCAAAGGAUAGAAGUCCUCAGAUUUGUUUUUGAAGGCUGUGUUGUUCUUUGAUUGAAAAGUUAGGGAACAUGAAAUAUACGAAGAAGGUUUGUUAACUCUGAAGCCAUGCAUGGAGGCUUGAACAAAACCCGGGAAGAAAGCUGCUGGCACCUUCCAGGAUGCUCUCACCUCCUCUGAUUUCUGUUUGUGAUGGCAACAGAGGCAUUUUCCCUAGCCAUGGUUUCAAGAGACAGCUUCAGGGACAGCUCCUGUGAAACCUUUGCUUUUAAAAUAUCUCUUUGCUUGUGUCUGCUAGAGACCAAGAAACCAGUUUCUAUCAUCAGUCUGUUCCCAUAGCCCUAACCUUGCACCACCAGCCCUCCAGCUGGUAUUUCCUUUGCUUGGUGUGUGUUCCCUGCUAAGUACAUGAAGCUAGUGCUAUUUUCACAAUGAUCACCUUCCACUAAUUUAUAGCUGAAAAAUCCUGACUGCAAAGGUGCUUUCUCUCUGCUUUUAUUCAGAUUGCAGGUUGGCAGGGCCCUGAUGAAUUAUGGUAAGGGCUUUAGAUAUGUACCAGGAGAUCAGAAAUUCAGGAAACCUUGCCAUUUCAAAAAUCUCCCCAAAAACCUAAUACACUUGGAAGAGGAUUAAGUUGAAAAGGCUCAAAGGUUCACGUUUAACAAGCACAGAAACCUUACCCUGAUGGAAACAGAGCUGUGUGUGUAGUUUGCUGGAGACCCUGGCUUUGAAGAGUGGCUGUGAGUUAGCAGCAGAGGCCACAUGAGCUCCAUCCCUGACCCACAAAUGGGCAGUUUCCAGUGUCCUGCUCUGCCCUGGUAAUUGGGCUGAGACCCUGGUAACACCUCAGCAAUGUGAGAAAAUCCACCAUUCUUGUUUCACAUUUCUACACCAAAGGGUCUCAGUGGGGUUGCACCUUUGCAACCAGACCAGAAUUUAAUAAACAAUCCUGUUGAUACA